AUGGUCUCGGUAACUCUGGAAGUGCCCGGAAUCGGCAAAUACGAGCAGCCAACUGGCUUGUUCAUCAACAACGAAUUCAUCAAGGGAAAGAAGGGUCAGGAGUUCGAGGUCAUCAACCCCACGACCGAAAAGGUUAUCUGCAAGGUCCACGAGGCCACAGAGGAGGAUGUCGAUAUCGCUGUUGCUGCUGCCCGAAAGGCCUUCAAGAAUGGCAGCGAAUACCGCACCAUGUCUACCGCUGCCCGUGGCAAACUCCUCCUCGAUCUUGCUACUCUCUUCGAGAAGAACAUUGACUUGCUCGCCUCCGUUGAGUCUCUCGACAACGGCAAGAGCAUAACAAUGGCCAAGGGUGACAUCGGUGCCUGCAUUGGUUGUCUAAGAUACUAUGGCGGCUGGGCCGACAAGAUUCACGGAAAGGUCAUCACAACAGCCGAGGGCACCUUCUCCUACACCAAGCGUGAACCAAUUGGUGUUUGCGGCCAGAUCAUCCCAUGGAACUUCCCACUUCUCAUGUGGGCCUGGAAGAUCGCCCCAGCAAUCGCCUGCGGUUGCACUGUCGUCCUCAAGACCGCUGAGCAGACUCCUCUUGGUGCUCUCGUUGCUGCCGGACUCUGCAAGGAAGCUGGUUUCCCACCUGGUGUAGUCAACAUUAUUUCCGGUUUCGGAAAGACUGCCGGUGCUGCCAUCGCCUCGCACAUGGAUAUCGACAAGGUCGCCUUCACCGGCUCCACCUUCAUCGGCCGCACAAUCAUGAAGGCUGCUGCCUCCUCCAACUUGAAGAAGGUCACUCUCGAACUUGGUGGAAAGUCGCCAAAUAUUGUCUUCGAUGAUGCUGACAUUGAUGAUGCUAUCUCUUGGGUCAACUUCGGUAUCUUCUACAAUCACGGCCAGUGCUGCUGCGCCGGUUCCCGUAUCUACGUCCAAGAAGGCAUCUACGACAAGUUCGUCCAGCGCUUCAAGGAGCGUGCAUCCCAGAACGUUGUUGGCGACCCAUUCGACCCUAAGACCUUCCAGGGUCCACAAGUCAGCCAGCUUCAAUACGACAGAAUCAUGGACUACAUCAAGAUCGGUAAGGAAGAAGGUGCCACCGUUGAAAUCGGUGGUGAGAGACAUGGUGAUGUUGGUUACUUCAUCAAGCCGACUAUCUUCUCGAAUGUCAAGCAUGACAUGAAGAUCAUGCAAGAGGAAAUUUUCGGACCUGUUUGCGCUAUCGCCAAAUUCAAGGACGCCGAUGAGGUUGUCGAGGUUGCCAACGACACAAUGUACGGUUUGGCUGCUGCCGUCCACACCAAGAACUUGAACACUGCUAUCAAGGUCUCUGACGCAUUGAAGGCCGGUACCGUCUGGGUCAACUCCUACAACUUGCUCCACUGGUCUUUGCCAUUCGGUGGUUUCCGCCAAUCUGGUAUUGGCCGUGAGUUGGGCAAGGCUGCUCUUGAUAACUACACUCAAGUCAAGACCGUCUCCAUCAACAUGAAGGGCGCCAUGUUCUAA